AUGGACCCUACUAAACAAUCAUACGCUUUCAAUACUACUGUUACUCUUUGGAUAAUAUUUGGGUUAUGGUCAAACAAAUCAUCCAACAAAUUCUAUAAAUGGUAUUGCUUCGUUUUCGUAGCUUUGACUACGGCGUUACACUUCGUUUUUUACACAUUGAAUUUAAUAUACACCCCACGAAAGAUCGAAAUAUUCGCAACACAGGCCGUGUACUACUUUUCUUCAGUUUCUGGACUAUUCAAAAUCGGCACGGUCCUCACAAAACAGCAAGAAAUAUUAUCCACGUUUGAAAUUAUUGACUGCAAAGAAUUUCUUGGAAACUGUUCAGAAACUAAGAAAUAUCUUCAAGAAUUUAGAAGCACAUAUUAUCGAUAUUUUCGACUGUAUUUAACGUUCUGUAUGUGUUGUGCUGGCGUAUUUCUUUGUGGUUUGCCCUUAGUGAACUACUUCUUCCGACAUGAGGACCUGAAACUACCUGUAUGCGAAUAUUAUUUCCUGACCGACGAAGUCCGAAAGAACUAUAUUUUCUACUGGUUCGACUACCAAAUACUGGGCCUUAUUGUAACAAUCGUGUAUAAUGCUACUACUCACACGUUUCUGUGUGGGUUAAUAUUAAUGGGAAUAACUCAGUUUAAAAUACUGAAUUUUAAUAUCGCUAAUAUUCGACUUGAUGAAGACAUUGAGAUCAAUAAUCAAGAAGAAAGGGAGCAAGCGUUAAUUAAUAAACUUAACCAAUGUUUGAAACACUACGACAUCAUCCUUAAGUAUUGUGAAAAUGUUCAAAAUAUAGCAGACGUCUUUUUCUUUGUACAAUUCAGUUUGGCGGCCAUAACCAUAUGUUUCUGCAUGUACAUGCUUAUUUUGGAUUUAAGUGACAAGGACAAGGUUUUCACAACAUGUUUCAUAAGCGCCAUGCUACUAGAAAAUUACACGCCUUCCUUUUUAGGAAGUCAUCUUACGGCUGAGAGCGAUAAUCUGCGAAUUGCAGCGUACAGUUGCAAUUGGACACCUUGCUCGCACUCCUUCAAGAAAAGUCUCAUAUUGCUUAUGGAACGUGCACAGAGGCCUGUGGUUAUCGUCGCCCUUAAAAUGGUGCCCAUAAAUUUAGAAACCUUUGCUUCGAUGGUAAAAACGGCCUACUCAUUCUUCACUCUGCUCAGUGGUGCACAAGAAUAAAUUCAAG